AUGGAUAUUCCCUAUCAUAGCUUUGCCGGCUCGGCGCCUUUCGAAUUCCUCGUUGGCAAACUAGCCACGCCCUUGUACAUGCACGCCGGACUUGCUUCGAGGCUAUCUCGCACCAUGGCCGCUCUAGUAGAUGGUGGUAUGAUUGAAGCAAAGAGACGACGUGCAGUGAUCGACGACACAGAUGAGGACACCUUUAUUCGAGUCAUUGAGUUCGCAUACACGGGUGACUAUGCUGUUGCCGAGCCAGAUUUUGUUCCCCCUCAACCGAACGAUGUCGAGAACCCGUCCAAUCACUUGAGCCAUGAGCCAUCAUCUCCACCACCCGCAGAGCCAUAUCCUGUCGACGAACCCGCCCCCGCAGAGCCAGUUGAAGAUGAUGGCUGGGGUCCGUUUAGUGGGAAUGCCUUGUCCUAUCCAAAGAAAGGCAGGAAGCUUGAGGAUGCCUGGGGUGAGAGCAGGGGUUUUAAGGCGGAACAGUCGUGGGAUGCUUUUAAGAUUAAAGCACACACAGUGCCGAAGGUAUCAUGGGAGCCGGAAGUCAAUGAGGAUCCUCGCCAGGAUUACACGCCUGUCUUUCUAUGUCACGCCAGACUCUACGUCUUCUCCGACAAGUACUUCAUUGAGCCGCUCGAGGAACUCGUCCUUCAGAAGCUUCGUCUCACGCUAUCGAGCUUCAAGCUGCAUCCACAACGAGUCGGCGACGUUGUCGAAUUGUUGAACUACACCUACGAGAACACGCCGGCCUAUGAUGGGAAGAUUGACAAAUUGCGCAACCUAGUCUCUGACUACCUGGUCUGCCACAUUGAAAAGAUUGUGCACAACGCAGAGUUUAUCAACUUGCUCGGGAAUAGCGACUUGGUGAAAGACUUUCUUCCUAAGCUUGUGGAACGACGGUUAGAUUGA